GCCAUCGCCAUUCUCUGGUAGAGGUGGUUCCAUCCGCCAGAGAAUAACCCAUCAAGACAUUGACAGUGAAACCUUCACAGGUCAUUCCUACCUUCCCAACACGAACUCAUCGGGGAUUCUACCAUUCAUUUCUUCUUUCUGUACUUAUUUAUGGGAUCGCAGUUUCUUUCAUCCUAUUGAUUACUGGGCUCAUACUGGAAAGUCAUUUUCUUUAGUUAACCCGUCCAUACGCAGCUGAUCUAUUUUUUUUCCUCUCCUUCCACAUUCGCGUGUACCACUCCGGUUCAUCGCAAGGAUGACGGAACCUGAGGCUUUCGAAGAAGAUCUCUUCGCUGAUCUCUAUGCCGAUGACGCGCCUACAGAGCCCGCAAAGGUCCCGGACAAGCCUGCAGCCCCGACGAACCCUACUCCUGCGCCAAUCGAAACGCGUGAGGAGCAACCUCCACCCAUUGACCAAAGUGGUCAUGACGACUCCAACAUGGGUUAUGACGAAGACGAAGAAGAAGACGACGAUGUAGACUUCAAUUUGGGAAAUGGGACCUCUUCAGCUCCGAACAACAGUAGUGUGGAGCGUCCUUCACAAACACAUGCUGCCGCCGCACCUGCUCCCCAACCUGCGGCAGGACGAGGUCCGAACUCGAAGGAAGAUGGGUAAGUGAUAUUUCAUUUCGCUAGUUUGUGACACUCGAUGCCUUGCUUCAAUGCUCGCCGUGACUCUGUAUCUUUUACACCCGUCUAUGCACAAUAAUCCUCUAUUGUUCGCUUGGCGCCUCGUACAGCUAGGGAUACGCCCAACGCCAGGCCGUGGAGGAAUGACCUGGUCAGAUACCUGGCAGUUGGAGGAUACGUGCAGAAGUCCAUUUCACAAGUGGAUGCCGUGGAGGUUCGCUGCAAAUGGUCUUGUGGCUUGGGUGGCUUCAGACAGGUUGGGAUCAUGACUGGUCGCCAAGUUUCUUGCCCAGUUGGACUGGAUUGAACAGUUACGCCGGUCCUUGAGAGGUCCAUGGAUCACUAUUGCAGAGGAUAGCGGAGCGACAGAAAAAGUCGAGCUGUGCCAUAAAGCCACCACGGUUGCAGAAGUCGGAGGAUUGGGUGGAGGUCUGCCUGUCGCCAAUCAUCACGGUUCAGAAAAGGCAGAGCCAGCCCAGGUUACAUCGGGGCAAUGGUCAACCCAGGAACAAACUCUACGUCCUAUAGCCACCGGUCUUGUUGAGUUCGGGGACACAAAUGGUGCCUCAAAUUGCCGUAGCAAGAUUGGCAGCGGAUAGCGCUCGAAGACACAGUACCUAGCGUCCUAGCUUCAUGGUAGCAGAGCCAGACAGAAAGAGCAAGCAGAACCAAGCAGACAAAGCAAAGUUUGCUUCAAAGAAAGAAAAGAAGAAACAAAAAAAACUGAGAAGAAUAUUCGACAAACUCCUGCCUGGGGCAUCCUGGUUGCUCGUCUCUCGUCUCCCGAGCUGUGAGAAGUCUUGGUGGCGGUGCAUACGACGAAACACAAGCCCAAAUCCACUUGGCUACUAAACCUCAAGCUUGAAGCCUGAAGCAAUCUGCCUGGUACGACAAGAUCAUCAACUAGCUGCGAUUAGAACCGACCACAAGGAUAAACGGCAAACGAGUCACGUAUUUGGCAGAACUGGACAUCGGACGGCAGUUGACUUGACUUCAAAGAACCAUUGGCUGCACAAUACUGCAAUUGCCACUCGAAUAAUGUGGGCAUUGAUACUCGGAUCUUGAGUAUUGAUUACGGUCACAAUUGACAAUGACCUUGCCCUUAUCUAAAAGAGCUUGACUCAAUAUUCAAAGAUUCCGGCGAACUUGAACAAAGCCAGGGACUUGAUGUGCUAGUAGUUACUCCACUAGCUUGGCGCAGACAAGGGCAUCUCAAGGGAGACUAUGACAGACGAUGGCCUGCAGGGCACGAUGAUUGGCUUGCACUGGAAUUGAGCUGAAUUUAGCGGAGACUGAGAUUGAGACUGACCAUAAUGUCCUAUGUAUAGCAAAAUGUUUAUAGGAGGUCUAAACUGGGAGACGACAGAUGAAUCACUUCGGGAUUAUUUCUCCCAAUUUGGUGAAGUCAUUGAGUGCACCGUCAUGCGUGAUGGUACCACUGGCAGGUCACGAGGUUUCGGUUUCUUAACAUUCAAAGAUCCCAAGACGGUCAAUAUCGUUAUGGUUAAAGAGCAUUACCUGGACGGCAAGAUUAUCGACCCGAAGCGUGCAAUCCCACGAGAUGAACAGGAGAAGACAAGCAAGAUUUUCGUCGGAGGCGUCAGCCAGGAGACUACGGACCAAGAGUUCAAGGACUUCUUUGCACAAUUCGGCCGUGUAGUUGACGCGACGUUGAUGAUGGACAAGGACACCGGGCGGCCGCGUGGCUUUGGUUUUGUGACUUUUGAGUCUGAAGCCGGCGUCGAAGCUUGCCUGGCGCGGGACCUUGAGAUUCACGGAAAGCUGAUCGAAGUCAAGAAGGCCCAGCCGCGCGGCAACCUUCGCGAGGAGGAGGAAGCUAACAGGCGGAAUGGUGGCCCUGGCAACAAGUUUAGGAAGCAAGGUGAAGGUCAGGUCGACGCCGGCGGUGCCGGGGGUCCGGCCGCCGGAGGCAUGACGCCGCAGAUGAUGGCCAACUACUGGCAGCGCAUGCAGCAGUACUUCCAGAUGAUGCAGCAGCAGAUGGCGAUGCAGCAACAGCGCAACAUGGGAUUCCAGAUGAACCCCCAGAUGAUGCAGAUGAUGCAGAUGCAGCAGAUGAUGGGCCGCGGCGGCCCGGGUGGUCAGAACCCAAUGGCUGCCAUGGCCGCUAUGAACCCCCAGAUGAUGCAGCAGAUGCAGCAGAUGAUGGGCCAGCAGGGUGGAGGACCUGUCGGCAUGCCUGGAGGUGGUCCUGCAGGCGACCAGUCUGGCGAGCAAGACGGCGACGGGGAUGGGAACCGCGCACCGUUCAACGCGUACGACCAGCAGUCUUUCGAGGAGCAGAAGUACAACAACCAGCACCAACAGCAGAGACACAUGCAGCAGCAACAGCAACGCGGCGGCUUUGGAGGUCCCCAGCAACAGCACCAACAGCAGCAGAUGCAACAAGGGGGGUAUAAUAACCAGCAGUCGUACGAGGGCAUGUACGACGACGUACCUCAAAACAACUUCAACCAGGGUGGUGGCCGUGGCGGCUUCAGACAACGAGGCGGGCACCACAACCACUUCAAUAACAACAACAAUAACGACCCCGCCAACGCACCUCCGCCGAAUGCUCCUACUGGACCCAAGAAUGCUGGCAAGCCAGGCUCAAACUACCGCGGCGGUGGUCGGGGCAUGAGCAGAGGCUUCCAUCCCUAUGCCCGCGGCUAGAGGACGACCGGGAGACAAACCGGCUGCCGGGUGGAUGUCUCCAUGUAGCUGGUAUAUACGGCGAUGAUGGCUGGGCGAUUUAUGUGGACCUGUGGCCUCCUUGCCACUCUAAAAGGGUUGCGUCAACAUAAUGAACGGGUGUCUCAUUGGGCAAACCACUGAACCAUAAUGGAACGAUGCCUGCUCGUUUUUUUUUUCUCUUUUGCAAGCAGAAAUGGUCAUUGCUUUUCCACUAUCAUCUUCUUUUAUACGAGAUUUGCUAUUCAUAGGCAGCACGGACUCUUUUUCCCGAUGCGUUUCUUCAUCACGACAAUCCCUUGUUUUUUUCUUUUUUUUUUUUCUUUGCCCCUUGUCUGGCAUUCCAAGGGG